GCCGACGAUGAGACUUCGGAAUACGGAAGUAAUUGUUACAUUACUAGAAUGAAAGUUUACUGUAUAUAAGACAAUCUAAAGGAGAAAAAAACAUGCCGGGGCUCAUCUUGUUUGGGCGCCGUUGGGGAAUAGGAAGUGAUGAUUUCGUCUUCCCGGUUGUAGCCGAGAUAUUUUUGAGAUUAGCAUGGUUGAUUGCCAUUUCCAUUGUGUUCCACAUCCAUCAGGCUGAGCCACAGAGUUGUUCAGGUGGAACUCUGUUGCAGGCUUAUUUCAUUGGUGCUCUUUGUCUUCUGUGUUUGACCAUAGUGCUGGACAUGGUCAUUGUAUAUACUAGCAUGCAGGGCUCCAUCAUGUAUCCCUACCCUAGGAAGAGGAUGCCACGGCUGUUGUAUGUAAAGAUGAGCGUGUCUGUACCAGAGCUUGCCUGGAUUGUACUGGGAACUUACUGGUCAUUUGGACUUGCCAGUGGCUGUGAGCCCAGUGUAGUAAUGACGGUAAAGGGAGCUGUCCUGUGUGGCUGGGUGAUUGCUUUCCUCAUACUUAUAGGACUUUUCAUUGUGUUUGACCCCCUAGGUGGUCUUCGUGCCAAGAGAUCACAGGGACAUAUUGGAGUGUUGGAAAGUAGCUCACAGCAACAGGUGUUGACCACAGCCCACCACACUGCCAUGAAGACAUGGGAAAGAAGAUGUAAGAUCCUGUGUUGCUGUGUAUCCUGUGAUGAUCAAAGUCAUGAUGCUUUCACAGAAAUUGCUAAACUGCUGACAGACUUUUUCCAGGAUGUGGAGUUGGACCUGGUGGCUACUGACAUUGCAGCAGGACUCAUACUGGUCAACAGGGACCAGGAGGUGUCACAACUUACAGUGACCACUGACAGGACAUGUGAAACCUAUGGUACACUGUCACAGGAAAGAAAGCCUCAUUACAGCCCAGUAACCACAGACAGCCAAGUCUCGGACACAGGCACUAGAGUCGAACAUCCCAGCUCAUCAUCUGGUGCCACUAACAGUGUUCCUACACAUGAGAGACCACCCCUACCACCACAAGACUGGAUGAAUAUUAGGAAUAUGAGUCAUUACAUGAAAUAUGCCAUGGCCAGUUAUGGUUGGCCACUAUUUGUAUUUGCUAACCUAUCACUAGGCCUCUGUAAGCUGUGUGGUGAAUGUCGUUGUUCAUUUUUACAACAUUUGCCGUCAUGGGACAAUUGUUGUGGGAGUGUGAACGAGUCGAUGCGGUGUGAAUACAAUGACAUGAGUGAUCAGAGCCAGUGCUGCGCUUGUGCUCGAGAUAGUGGGGAAGUUCACUAUGACAACUGUUGCCAGUGUCACACUGCAGCCAUAAGAAGAUGGACAGAUGUUGAUGAUGCUGAUCUCCUUUAUGUCAGCUUUUAUAACAAGAUUUACGCCCUCCCUUUUUUUGUGGCUGUAGACAGAAAGGAAAAAUCAGUUGUUGUGUCUGUACGGGGAACGCUGUCCUUGAGGGAUGCCCUGACUGACAUGUCUGCAGACUGUGUGUGUAUUGAGCAGGACGGAUGUAGCGACUGGAAGUGCCACAAAGGUAUCUACCAGGCCGCCUGCUAUAUCAGGGACGAACUACAGACUAAACACAUACUGGAGAAGGCGUUUGAGCAGAACCAGGGUGCCAGAUUAGUGGUGACCGGUCACAGUUUAGGGGCUGGAGCUGCAGCUCUUCUGGCCAUUCUCCUCAAGCCAAACUAUCCAGAUCUCAUCUGCUUCACAUUUUCUCCGCCAGGUGGACUCCUCAGCCUUGAGGCCAGCACCUGUUGCUCAGACUAUAUUUGUUCUGUGGUGUUAGGACGGGACCUUGUACCAAGGCUUGGUAUUUGCUCAAUGGAACAUCUUAAAACAAGCAUAUUGACAGCUAUACGUUGCUGUGAUAGACCUAAGUAUCAGGUGAUAGCCAGUGGUAUGUGGCAGGCAGUGUGUGCUUUGUGUCCUGGGGACAAUGCUAAAUCUUGUGGAUGCGGAAUUGACCAGCCUCUCAUACAAGACUCCGGAACUUCUGCAUAUGUCACCGGACAGAGGAAUGUAGAGGAAGCUAUUCAGAGUGCCAUUAUGCAAAGUGAACAGUACAGGAUCACCUACCCCACCAUGUACCCUCCUGGCCAGGUCCUACACAUCAUGGAAGUUGAUUCAGAUAGGUCAUGCUUUGCCUCACCAGCCUAUUUUGCUGAGUGGAAAACACCUGCUGAUUUCCAGGAAAUCUUGGUUAGUCCAGACAUGCUGACGGACCAUCUCCCAGACAAUGUGUGGAAGGCACUUGUCCAAUUGGCUGACAAACAGUUUAACCCGAAGCCUCCACGCUGUACUUCAAGUACAGCUAUGUGACAGUACCAGUUCUAACUGAUGUUUAGUUUUACUAUCCUUCAAGCUUUACCUUAUGCAGUUGCAUGUCCAAUGUGCCUUCCUGUUAUAACUCUUGCUCAAAAUUAGCGUAUUUUUAUAUUGCAUUCAUAUGUCAUGUAAUAUUUUUACUUAUUUAUGAAUCCCUUAUUAGCUCAGUUGGUCCAAAUGAACAAGGUGAGCUAAUGACAUACUGUGGCAUCCGGCGUCCGUCAUCUGUCGUCCUUCCGUCUGACAGUCAACAAUUGACUUCUUCAUAAUCGCUGAUUGGAAUUUAAGAAAAUUUGACUCGAAGCAUUUCUAGGAAGUUGAAAUUCAAAAUUGUACAAAUGGUGUGGUUGACUCCCCAGGGGCCUAAGAGACGGGGCCAAAAGGGGUCAAUAGGGCUGUAUUGAUAUUUAAAUAAAUUCUCUAUAAACAAUCAAUGGAUACCUCUCAUAUAUAUCUUGUAGCAUCGUUUUGGGAUGGGGAUUCAAAGUUGUGCAAAUGGUUGAGGUUGACCCCCCAGGGGCCUGAGGGGUGGGGUCAAAAUGGGUCCAUUUGGCAUUAUUGAUAUUAAAAUCUUCUUCUCUGGAACUAAGCAAUGUAUCACAUUAAUAUUUCAUUGGUAGCAUCCCUUGGUGACUGGGAUUAAAUUUAUGUAAAUGAUGGACUGACCCCCAGGGGCCUGAGGGUAGGGGUCAAAAAGGGUCCAUUUGGCAAUUAAACAUUAUGGCAAUUAAUGAUUUCUCUGGAACUAAGUAAUGCACAUAUGACAUUUAUAUUUGUAAACAUUGUAGCUGUGUCCAUGUGUACCCACUAAACAGUGUAGCUGUGUCCAUGUGUACCCACUAAACAGUGUAGCUGUGUCCAUGUGUACCCAUUAAACAGUGUAGCUGUGUCUAUGUGUACCCACUAAACAGUGUAGCUCGGUCCAUGUGUACCCAUUAAACAGUGUAGCUCGGUCCAUGUGUACUCAUUAAACAGUGUAGCUGUGUCUAUGUGUACCCAUUAAACAGUGUAGCUUGGUCCAUUUGUACCCAUUAAACAGUGUAGCUGUGUUCAUGUGUACCCAUUAAACAGUGUAGCUGUGUCUAUGUGUACCCAUUAAACAGUGUAGCUGUGUCUAUGUGUACCCAUUAAACAGUGUAGCUGUGUCCAUGUGUACCCAUUAAACAGUGUAGCUGUGUCUAUGUGUACCCAUUAAACAGUGUAGCUUGGUCCAUUUGUACCCAUUAAACAGUGUAGCUGUGUCUAUGUGUACCCACUAAACAGUGUAGCUGUGUCUAUGUGUACCCAUUAAACAGUGUAGCUGUGUCUAUGUGUACCCAUUAAACAGUGUAGCUGUGUCCAUGUGUACCCAUUAAACACUGUAGCUGUGUCUAUGUGUACCCAUUAAACAGUGUAGCUUGGUCCAUUUGUACCCAUUAAACAGUGUAGCUGUGUCUAUGUGUACCCACUAAACAGUGUAGCUGUGUCUAUGUGUACCCAUUAAACAGUGUAGCUGUGUCCAUGUGUACCCACUAAACAGUGUAGCUGUGUCCAUGUGUACCCACUAAACAGUGUAGCUGUGUCUAUGUGUACCCAUUAAACACUGUAGCUGUGUCCAUGUGUACCCACUAAACAGUGUAGCUGUGUCCAUGUGUACCCACUAAACAGUGUAGCUGUGUCCAUGUGUACCCAUUAAACAGUGUUACUCGGUUCAUGUGUACCCAUUAAACAGUGUAGCUGUGUCCAUGUGUACCCAUUAAACAGUGUAGCUGUGUCCAUGUGUACCCAUUAAACACUGUAGCUGUGUCCAUGUGUACCCACUAAACAGUGUAGCUGUGUCCAUGUGUACCCACUAAACAGUGUAGCUGUGUCUAUGUGUACCCAUUAAACACUGUAGCUGUGUCCAUGUGUACCCACUAAACAGUGUAGCUGUGUCCAUGUGUACCCACUAAACAGUGUAGCUGUGUCCAUGUGUACCCACUAAACAGUGUAGCUUGGUCCAUGUGUACCCACUAAACAGUGUAGCGUGGUCCAUGUGUACCCAUAAAACAGUGUAGCUGUGUCCAUGUGUACCCACUAAACAGUGUAGCUUGGUCCGUGUGUACCCAUUAAACAGUGUAGCUUGGUCCAUUUGUACCCAUUAAACAGUGUAGCUGUGUCCAUGUGUACCCACUAAACAGUGUAGCUGUGUCCAUGUGUACCCAUUAAACAGUGUUACUCGGUUCAUGUGUACCCACUAAACAGUGUAGCUUGGUCCAUGUGUACUCAUUAAACACUAUAGCUCGGUCCAUGUGUACCCAUUAAACAGUGUAGCUGUGUCUAUGUGUACCCAUUAAACAGUGUAGCUGUGUCCUUGUGUACCCAUUAAACAGUGUAGCUGUGUCCAUGUGUACCCAUUAAACAGUG